AUGGCUUCCGAAGAAGACUUGAUACUGAUAGGCUUGGUAGUCGCUUUACUACCCAAUAAUAAUCAUAAUAAAAAACAAAAAAUAAAACGUAAACGUUCGAAAUGGGUGAAACAGUGGUUACAUAGGCAAACACAUAACAAUCUCAUUAACGAACUGCGGUUAGAACCAGAUGACUACCGAAAUUACUUGCGGUUGAAAGAAGAAAUAUAUACUGAGUUGCUAGGGCUUGUUUUUCAAAUAAUUCAGAAAGAAGAUACUAUAAUGCGACAAGCGAUUACUCCUCAUGAAAGGUUAACUAGUACUUUGAGAUUCCUAGUCACAGGAAGAAAUUACGAAGAUCUUAAGUUUUCAACUGGCAUUUCUGCACAUGCUCUAGGAAAAAUAAUACCAGAGACACGUAGAGCGAUAUUUGAUGUUCUUCAGGAAAAUUAUUGCAAGUUUCCACGCACAAGACAAGAGUGGGAACAAAUAGGACUAGAUUUUGAGAAUAGAUGGCAGUUUCCAAACUGUUUAGGUGCAGUUGACGGGAAGCAUGUAAGAAUAGUACCUCCAGCAGGAAGUGGAUCAUACUACUACAAUUAUAAACAAUUUCACAGUAUAGUAUUGAUGGGUAUUGCAAAUAGUAACUACGAAUUAAUACUGUUUGAUGUGGGUACAAAUGGACGAGUAUCUGAUGGUGGUGUUAUUAACAAUACAUCUUUUUACAAAGCAUUAUUAAAUGAAAAAUUAAAUUUACCUCCAAUAAACCAUCGUAAUAAUCUUCCAUAUGUAUUCAUUGGAGAUGAAGCUGUUGCUCUUCGAAAGGAUUUUUUGAAACCAUAUAGUGAAAGAGAACUAAAUGUUGAUCGUUCAAACUUUAAUAAACGCUUAAGCAGAGCAAGACGAAUAAUAAAAAUGUUUUUGGCAUAUUAG